AUGUCUAGCACGCCCAUUCCCGUCCUGAUCACUGGCCGUACCCAGGCUAUCGGGCGCUUGGUUAUUUCUUACCUGGCGCCAGAGUACGAAGUCAUCCACUUCACACUUGCCGCCAACAUCACCGCGGAGCUUCCAUCCCUCCUCACUGGCAAGGCACCGCCAAACCCUUCUAGCACUCUCGGCAGCGGAAAUUGGUCUUCGCCCCCACGCGCGCUGAUUCUCGGCGGUGCGUACACAGAUCAGGACAUCGAAAGGGUGCAGGAGCUGGCGAAAAGCACACCCGGGGCGGCGAAUAUCCCCUGGGUGAGGGUUGAUAGCAGGAAGCUGGAGGGCCCACCAGGGGAGCCGACCGAGGAGCAGGCAGCGGCGUAUGGGCAGCAAGUAAUGGUGAGAGUGAAGGACGGCUUAAAGAAGCUGAAGGAGGAGGGCAAGCUCGACCAUGACAAUAGUGGCGUCUAUCUUGUGUGA